GUUAGAAUUCACUUCUGGAUUAUCAAUAUUCCUGCCCAACUGUAAUUGAUUUGCAUACGACAUCUGCAUGAAGCGAAGAACGCCUUCCUUCAAACUCUAUACUUGAAGUACAAGACAAUCCAUCUCAAGAUGGCAAGGCAUUCUAUUCAUCUCUCAUAAUUUAUAAACCAACCUGAUCACAAUGACAACAAUGGUUAACAGAAUCUGAAUUCAAUUAUUAAGGCAAAAUUAAUGGUCUUUGAUUCGAGUGGGAUUGAGAUGGCGGCGAGUACUAGUUCGAGUUGGGGAGGAAGAGGAGCAGAGAUUGUGUUUUUUGAUUUAGAAACAACAGUACCCAAUAGAGGAGGACAAAGGUUCUGGGUAUUGGAGUUUGGUGCAAUGGUGAUCUGCCCAAGGAAGCUGGUUGAGCUAGAGAACUAUUGCACCCUCAUCAGACCCAAGGACCUUUCGGUUGUUGCUCUUAAGUCCGGUCGAUGUGAUGGUAUAACACGCCAAGCAGUUGCGAAUGCCCCUACCUUUGAGGAUGUUGCAGAUCAGAUCUUUGGCAUCUUGAAUGGUCGAGUUUGGGCUGGACAUAACAUCAAGAGAUUUGAUUGUGCUCGGAUUAAGGAGGCUUUUGCUGAUAUUGGCCGGCCGCCUCCGGUGCCGGUUGGAAUAAUUGAUUCAUUGGGGGUGUUGAGCCAGAAGUUUGGCAGGAGAGCUGGUGACAUGAAGAUGGCAACAUUGGCGGCUUACUUUGGGCUUGGCCAACAAAAGCACAGAAGUCUCGACGAUGUCAGGAUGAACUUAGAGGUCAUCAAGCACUGUGCUACCGUUCUAUUCUUGGAGUCGAGCUUUCCAGCUGUGCUAGCUAAUAACUCUCAGGGAUCUCCAACUGUAGUGACAAGAAGUAGGAGUAACAGAAGGUUAUCAAAUGGAGAAGAAACAAGCAGAAAGUCUCCUCAUACUCCUCUUGGGUACCAGAGAGGUGUUCCCUAUACAAGGGGAAAGUUUGGAAAGAUGACACAGAAGGUAAAGGAUCUCCUGUGUAAAGCCCAGAACAACCAACCUCUGACUAGCUUCCUCAAGCAUUCUCAUUCACUAUUGAGAUGAUAGGAGUAAGAGGCUUCAGACCCUCAUGUCUCCAGAUUCUCCACUCUUCUUCUACUGCCUGAAGAAUUAAAUGUGUUAGGUCACAGAGGGAAGAGUUUAAACAGCUUCACUUUAUCCACUUUUAGUGACCAAUUGAAAUCCAGAAAUUUGAAGCAGCUCUUUCUUGAAAAAAGGAGAUCCCCCCCGC